AUUGGAAAAAAUCGUGAUGUCUGGUUUACAUUUAAAUUUAUCGAAAUGAUAUUUGGAAUUAUAUGUCUUGUUUAUCAUAUAAAUGGUACUCUUUAUUCUGUUGAACCUCAACCUCAUACCGUAUUUUUUUGUGGAACAUUUGUUGGAUUUUUAAUAAUAAGUUUAUUAUCACAAAUAAGAAUGCUGUUGGGUGCAACAUCACCACCAAUAAUGGAAUCAAUUAUAGCAGUAAUAGGCAGUAUUGCAUAUUAUUUUUCAGCUUUUGCAUCAAUGUAUUAUGCUGAAAAAGAUUUUCAUUUAAUGUACUUAUCAGAUGAAGAAGAAGGAAGACAUGAAUUUUUUGUUAUUUGUAAAUCACAGAGCAUUUCAUCCUUAGUUUGCGGUUCAAUUUAUUUAUUACAUGCAGUUUAUGCUAUUGAUUCAUGUAUAACACAAGAUGAUUCAGGAAAUUGUUUUGAUGAUGAAAUUAAAUUUUCACCAACUGGACCAAUACAAUUGCAUUUAUUUUUUCGACCAUGGUUAGAAAAAAUAAAUUUUUUUCGAUAUUUAUAUAAAAGAAUCGAAACAUUAGAAGCAAUAUCAAUAUGGAAGCAUACAAAAUAUGAGAAAUUUGAAGCAGAUGUUAAUUUAAGUCCAGGAAUAAAUAUUUAUACAUUUGAAGAACCUAUUGUUAAACAAUGUAAUUGUAGUAAAAGUAAAAAAUUGGAAAAUUUAACUGGAACUCCAGAUGAAAUAAAUGUAAAUGAAAGAAUGGAUCAAAGUGUUCAAAAAAGAAAAUAAGGCAAAAUAUUAAAAAUAAAAUUGUGGAUGAAAAAUAGCAGAAUAUUGCAGAGUAUAACAGUGCUCAAAAAUUCCUUAUUGAAGAAAAUAGCAGAAUUGGAAUCAGAAAGAAAUCCAAGCCUCCUUCUAAUUAAAACUGAGUUUUCAUGUAUUGCAGAACUUUAAUUUUUAGAUUUUAUUUAAUUUAUAACAUUAAUAUUCAAAUUAUCUA